CCCCUCCCCUCCCCGUGUGAUUCAGACGUUUGCCAUCCAACGGGACGUUUUCGGAGGAAAACUUUCCCCCCAACAGGGGAGAAGGGCUGCACGGAGGAGGUGGGAUCAGGGCUGGUAGGGAACCUGGGGGAGCGUCCAGGCCCACCAAGGAUGCACUGAACUGGGGAACAUCUGCUCAGGUGUCCCCCCUAAGGCGGAUAUGGCAUCGGAGCCCUCGGGCGCCGGCCCCUCGUCUCUGGGCUCCCAGGUUCACGCCGCUGCCGUCAACGGAGACAAGAGCGCCCUCCUUAAACUCAUCACAGCCGAACCCGCUCUGCGUGACCGUGAAGACCAGUUUGGACGGACCCCUCUGAUGUACUGCGUGCUCGCCGACCGCCUCGACUGUGCCGAGGCUCUGUUGAAGGCCGGCGCCUCGGUCAACAAGACUGACCACAGCCAGCGCACCGCCCUGCACCUCGCGGCUCAGAAGGGGAACGUGCGUUUCCUGAAGCUACUGCUGUCCAGGCGGGCUGACUGGCUGCAGAAGGAUUUGGAGGAGAUGACCCCGCUUCACCUGGCCACGCGGCACCCCUCCCCCAAGCCCCUCGCCCUUCUUCUUAAACAUAUAGGACCCGGAGAGGUGGACACACAGGACAAGAACAAGCAAACCGCUCUGCACUGGUCAGCCUUCUACAACAGGCCAGAACACGUCCGCCUGCUUAUCAAACACGACUCCAACAUCGGCAUCCCAGAUAGCGAGGGGAAGAUCCCGCUGCACUGGGCCGCCCACAGCCAGGAGCCCAGCGCCACGCAGACCGUCCGCUGCAUACUGGAGGCAGCCCCUACCGAGUCCCUGCUGAACUGGCAGGACUAUGAGGGUCGCACACCUCUGCACUUUGCCGUUGCUGAUGGUAAUGAGGCGGUGGUGGAGGUGCUGACGUCUUACGAGGGCUGCAGCGUGACGGCUUAUGACAACCUCUUCAGGACACCGCUGCACUGGGCGGCCCUGCUAGGUCAUGCCAGGAUUGUGCACCUGCUGUUGGAGAGAAACACAUCAGGCACCAUUCCCUCAGACAGCCAGGGAGCAACACCCCUACACUACGGAGCUCAGAGCAAUAAUGCUGAGACCGUGGGUGUGUUUCUGUCCCAUCCCUCAGUGAAGGACGAGCCCGAUCUGGAGGGGCGGACGGCAUUCAUGUGGGCCGCCGGAAAGGGCAGCGAUGAUGUGCUGCGCACCAUGCUGAGCCUCUCCCCUCACAUCGAUAUCAACAUGGCCGACAAGUACGGGGGCACCGCACUGCAUGCGGCAUCCCUGUCAGGUCAUGUGAGCACGGUGAGGCUGCUGUUAGAGAGGGGAGCCAUGGUCGACUCUCUGGAUGUGAUGAAACACACGCCGCUGUUCCGCGCCUGUGAGAUGGGUCACAGAGAUGUCAUACUCACACUCAUCAAAGGUUCUGCUCGUGUGGACCUGGUUGAUGUGGAUGGUCACACCGCUCUCCACUGGGCAGCUCUGGGUGGGAACGCCGAGGUGUGCCAGGUUCUGAUGGAGAAUGGGAUCAGUCCUAAUGUACAGGACCACGCAGGACGGACUCCUCUGCAGUGUGCUGCUUAUGGAGGCUACAUCACCUGCAUGGCGGUUUUAAUGGAGAACAACGCCGACCCAAACAUCCAAGACAAGGAAGGCCGGACCGCUCUGCACUGGUCCUGUAACAACGGCUACCUGGAUGCCGUGAAGCUGCUGCUGGGCUACAAUGCCUUCCCCAACCACAUGGAGCACACCGAGGAGAGGUACACCCCUCUGGACUACGCCCUGCUUGGGGAGCACAGCGAGGUGACCCAGUUCAUGUUGGAGCACGGCGCCCUGUCCAUCGCCGCCAUCCAGGAUAUCGCUGCGGCCUCCAUCCAGGCCGUCUACAAGGGCUACACCGUGCGCAAGGCCUUCAGGGAGAGGAAACAGCUCCUCAUGAGGCACGAGCAGCUGCGCAAGGACGCCGCCAAAAAACGAGAGGAGGAGCAACGGAGACGGGAGGCGGAGCAGCAGAUGUCACUGGCCAGCGCAGAGAAACGAAAGACCUCGUCGGCCCGACCGGAGCAGGAGAAACCCCUGGCUGACAGCGUGAGGGACUUAUCGGUGGAUGACGCGACAAGGGGAACCGAGAAGUCGUCCAAAGCCGAACUAACGAAGAGCAAAGAGGCUGGACGGAAACCCAGAGCUCACAGGAGCAAAUCCUCCAGAAGGAGCAAGGAGCCAGAGCCGUGCGAGGCCCCUGCCACGUCGACCCCUCAGCGCCACGUGAACUCCGACCUUUCGGCCUGUACCCCCAAGACCUCCAGACCCAAGGGGCGGCUCUCCCCUGCUGCCAGCAGCCGACCGCCCAGCCCAGGUCCCCGACACAGACCCCCAGACACAGCUAAGGUCAAGAGACGGCCUUCCUCAAACACGCGCCGAACAAGCUGCCCCGCCGCGGACCCUGCUGACGUCAUCAACAGAGAACACGCCCCUUCAAACAAGAGAGACCUUCCACGCCACACCACCGCACCACCAACAGCUCCCAGCAGGACCGACACACUCGCCUUUCCACACCAACACAGGGACAACAAGGAGCACAGUUCAGAAAGUGCAGCUCCCAGCGACCAAACGCACACUCACUCGUUAAGGUAUAAUUUUCCCCCGAACCACAAAACCCCCUCCAACAGGACACACACUCAUGCCGCCGCACGGGAACCCGCGCACAUGCACGGGGAGCACGACAAGGAGCAGCACCACAGGAAGAGGAGCGAGGCUGCGUGUACCAUCCAGCGAGCCUGGAGAAGGCUCCACGGAAGAGGCGGACAAAGGGGGGCCAAGACCUUCGGAGGGGCGGAGUCGACCGAUCCAAGCCACGCCUCCCACCGGAAGAAGACCGAAAGCAGAGCGGCGCCCAGCAAGUCGGCGGCGAGCAAAAGCGCCGUGCUGCAAAGCAUCUACGGUAACUCUAUGGCCAGGCGAGGGCGUUCGCUUCGAGGCUCCCAGUCUCAGCUGCUGCUGGACUUGUCUCUACGCACGCAGAGCCAGCUGAGCGGUAUAGAUUGUGUGCAUCUGUGUGAGACAGUGAGUCAAGCCAAGCAGUACUCGUACCACCUGAGACCGCAUAGCGCUGGACAGGGGACCCGAGGCCGGGGGAAACACUGAGGCUUUACAAACACACACACACACACACACACACACAUGUAUAGAAUGGUAUUGUUUGAUGCGCUCUCGGCCGGCCGGCGGCCUCGCCUCUGUAGAAGUCCCGAGUACGUUGUUGCCUCGAGUGCCAAGUUUGCUAAAAUGAAGCCAUAUGACAUCACAGCCGUGACCUCACAGGGUGGGGUCAAGUCUACCAGAAUGGUCAAGGCUCAGCGUUUUCGGUUUUUACCGAUUUUCACCGAAAAAUACCCCGAUUUUUAAACUGGUCUUCCACCCAGAUUUUAUCUUUCCACGGAUCCUCAAGUUGUUCCUGUUCGUGCGAGGUUAUGUAACAGUGCCCUCUCGUGGCAAAAUUCGGCACGCUGGACGGCUUUUGAAAAAUAAAACCCAAAAAACGCUGAGCCUUGAAAACGGUGUAUGUAAGAGAUGACCUUUCAUCCGUUAUGAUAGAAACACACACAGUCCCGCCUCCCUCAUUCUCUAACUCAGUCAGACGCACACACACAGACACACACACACCUAGAUAACCUUUCCUGCGGUUGUGAAGAAUGACCCCGUCCAUCAGCAACCAGUCAUACAGCUAGCCCACCUGCAGCCCCCCCCCCCGGCUACAUGCACACACACACGAGUAGUCUUCCAGUAUCGCCCGGGAGAGGCAGUAUUGUUAACGGCCCUGUUCCAGUUACCCCGGUUUUGUACAGAAAACAGCCCUUUAUUGUGUCGUCACUAUGGAGUAACUUGUAAAUGUGUAGCUCAACUUAAUGAUUUUUAAUAAACACAAAUUACAC